UCCCAGUGUGAAGCUGACAUGGUGUCCAUGGACCAGUUGAGGGCCCGGACGGACUCCGACGGCACCGAGCUAAGACGGCGUGUACGCGAGGGCUUCCUGUCUCUCCGUAAUGUCCUGCUAGACCAGGAGGCAUUGCUGCUCUCACACCUGGACAACCUGACCUCCAGCACCUGCAGCGGAGCCAUUGACUUCCUCCAGACCUCUGCCCCACUCCUGGGCUCCCUGACUGGGCUGGAGAUGAUCUCUGAACAGGCCCUCCUGGAGCCCAACACCGUGGCCUUCCUGACCGGGGCCAUGGCUCUAACCCAGCGGCUGCAGAGGGUCAACGGGGACAUUCAUCGCCCUGCCCUGACUCUCCAGCAGGGGGAGCCCUUCAAGGGGGUGAAGAUGGACUUUGAUGCCCUCUUUAGGGACCUGCAGGCCCUGCUGGGGACCCACCUCCACUGGAAGAGCCCCGAAGUGGCUGCAGUGGUUUCUGUGGCGACCAGCAUGGAGGCAGACGUUUUGGAGGGGUGCUGCGAGGUGGUGCAGCUGCCGUCAUGCCCAGGGACCCCCACCGCUCCCUGAAUGACUCACCCCGAAGCCCCCAGACCCCCAGGAACCACAGGAAGCUGGUGAUGGAGGAACAGCUGGGCCUGUCAGCUGGGGACUGCAGCGAUAAGGAACGCUAUCUGCUGCCCAGGCCCCCCAUCAUCUACCAGCACAUCGUCAGUGGAGCCACUGUGGAGAUCUUCUGGAUGCUGCCCAUGGGCGAGGAGGUGGAGACCUUUGACAUCCACUUCCAGGAUGCUGUUACCGUGGGGAUGGCCAUGGAGGAGGGGAAGGGAGUGGUCCUGGUGGGGCUGAAGACAUGCAACCUGCAGACGGCCGGGCUCUGCCUAAACACACACUACCUGUUCCGGGCACGCUCUGUCAACAGCCACGGGGCCGGGGAGUGGAGCUCCUCCUACA